AAUGUACUUCAAAACAAUUAAUUAAAAACGUUAAGAAGAGUUUGUCGCUGAUAACAAUUGGGAUACUAGUUGUUAUACUGAUAAACACUUGGUCCAGCAACGAAGUUGGGACAAAACCUACCAGCGAUAUAAUUGUGCAACAACUGAUUAUAGCUGCAUACUUUUGGACGGAAUGUUUUCUAUUGCUAAUUACAGGAUUUUUGUUAUUCUGGUGUUGUCCUACACCGUGGUUUGCGGCCAUGAUUUUUCCUUAUUAUGGCCUGAUGAUGUGUUUCAUAUCUGGCGCUGUAUUCAUCCUUGACUCACUGAAAACUAAUACAAUUUUAUUCUUACUUAGCAGUAACUUUUAUACAGUAGGUAUCUUCGGUCAAGGAAUGGUCAUAUUGUUCUUAGCGCACCGCAAAGAUGUAAUAAUUGAAACCUCAUCAAAGCGGCUUUCUGCAAAGCAACUUCUUCUUUGAAACAAGAUUUGCUUUUUCAUGUUUUUUUUUUCAUAUUUUUUUAUUGAUUUAUUUAUUAAAAAAAGAAAGACCUCACAAUAAAUCUAACCAUUCUUGAGAAACCCCUUUCAAAAACAACGAAAAUUUGGAUCUAAAUAGGUAGAUUUAUCUUCUUU